AUAAUUCGAGGUUAGGUUUAAAAACAGGUGAUUGACACGUGUGGACCUAAAAAAAAUAUUUAUAGUCUAUACAAUUGUUAAUUAAAAUAAAUUAAUGAUUUUAUAUUUACUUUAAUACAUUUAGAUUUACAUUAUAGUUUAAAUAAUUAGAAAAAAAUUUUACUAUGGCUAAAGAAUUAGAUCCUUCAGAACUGGGCACUUUGGAAUAUUGGGAAAAGACGUAUGCUUUGGAAAUUGAAAAUUUCAAGGAUCACGGUGACACAGGCGAAAUUUGGUUUGGAAGUGAAAAUGCUUCCAAAGUAAUAAGGUGUAUAAAUUCAAAACUGGAAAUGAAAAAAGAUGACAAAAUAAUUGAUUUAGGUUGUGGUAAUGGAAUGCUUUUGGUUGAUUUAGCUGAAAAUGGUUUUAAAAAUUUAGUAGGAGUAGAUUAUUCACAAAAAGCAAUAAAUCUGGCAAAUUCUGUUUUAAAAGACAGCAAAGUAGAUUGUGUAAAAAUACAAGUGUGUGAUAUACUCGACGAAACAAAUUUAUUAUCAAAUGAUUUUAAACUUGCACACGAUAAAGGUACAUAUGAUGCAAUUAGUCUUCAUCCAGAAAAUCCAAAGGAAAAUCGAUUGAAAUAUAUUAAAAAUAUUCAUAAAAUUCUUUUGCCUGGAGGAUAUUUGCUAUUAACUUCAUGCAAUUGGACGAAGGAUGAAUUAAUAGAACAUUUCAAAGAGAAGUUUAAUUUUCUUCUGGAACUUCCGACAAAAACAUUUUCAUUUGGUGGACAAACUGGAAAUACUGUAACGCAGUUGGUUUUUAUAAAACAAUAAUUAAGAAUAUUUUUUAAUAAUACACGACGUAAGACAGAUUUCGAUUGUUUAACAAAAGCAAAAAUUGAUUUUUUUUAAAAAUAUCAAUUAACUUAUAGUAGUUGAUGUCUAUAAAUUCCGUUAAAGGUAAGAAAAAUUAAUGUACAUUAUAAUAAGCAAAUUUCUUAUUUAGUUUGCAUUAUGAAAUUGUCUUGAAGUUUCUCUAAAUUAUAAGAAAAUAAAGAGCAAAUUUAAGUGCA